GGUGUUUGGGUGCUGGGUCUGGAUCCUGGUGGCCGCCACCCAGGUAGCAAACCCGUUGCUGCAAGGAUGGGUGAUGUACGUCUCACUCACCUCGUUCCUCAUCUUCCUGAUGUUCCUGUUGUCUUACUUGCUUGGAUUUUACAAAAGAUACGAGUCCUGGAAAGUCCUGGACAGCCUGUGCCACGGGGCCACUGCCAUCCUGUACACGAGUGCGGCCGUCUUACAGGUGCAUGCCACGAUCGUCUCUGAGACCCAGAACCUGAGCAAUUACUACAUCAACACCACAGCCUCGUUCCUCGCCUUUGUCACCACCCUGCUGUACAUCCUCCACGCCUUCAGCAACUAUUACCACUGAAGAGGCGGGGAGCUGCGCCGACGCGAGAGAGGCUCAAUAAAACCCGGAUUAUUGGCUCCCAAAAGCAGUGAUCAACAUUCGCCAUCUGGAUGGUAAAGAGAAGAUCAACAAGAACAGGGAUUAUCAGACCAUCCUUUCAGACUGAACGAUGAAGUCACACUCUGGCAUAUCUGUUUGGACAUUUUAAUUUAUUAUGAUGAACAUGAAAAACUUGUGUUUU